CGUCCCCCAUCGCGCCAAACUCUCAGUGGCUUUCCUUCGUGUGGACUGAAUUGUCCACAGCAGCACAGAGACACGCUGGUUUACGAUCUUCUGGGUGCUGGAUGUCUGUGGACUGGAGGCGAACACAGCGCGUUUCUCCAGAAGUAAUGAACGCGAAGUCGUCCCGAGGAUAAUCUCAUCUAGAUUGGGGGAAUCGAGUCCGUCAACAACUUUUUUUCGGUUGAAAUUUGGAAUUAUUUAUAUAUUUUUUUCGGACACAGGUGGUGAAUGAUGCUGAGCCACUACCUCCCCCUGCUGCUGCUGUGUCUGGCCGGGCUGCCCGCCAGGUCUCCGGCCCUGCCCUUCGAGCAGAGGACCUUCCUGGACUUUGCCAUGGACAACAUAGACAGCGACGUGGUCACCGCCUUCAUGCGUGACCAGGAGGAGGGCUCGGGGAUGGAGGUGCCCGACAGGCCCACCUGCCCCUUCGGCUGCCGCUGCCAACUCCGGGUGGUCCAGUGCUCGGACCUGGGUCUGACCGAGGUCCCAGAAGGUAUCCCCUUGGACACCAAGUUCCUCGACCUGCAGAACAACCGCAUUACUGAGCUCAAGGAGCAUGACUUCAAGGGCCUCACUAACCUAUAUGCCCUGGCUCUGGUCAACAACCGGAUCUCCAAGGUCCACCCCAGGACCUUCUCCCCACUGAAGCACAUGCAGAAGCUGUACUUCUCCAGGAACCACCUGACCACCAUCCCUCAGGGCCUGCCUCAGUCCCUGGUGGAGCUGAGGAUACACGACAACAACAUCAAGAGGGUGUCCGCUGGGACCUUCAGUGGUCUCUCCAGAAUGAACUGCAUAGAGAUGGGGUCGAAUCCAAUCCAGAACAGCGACUUCGAGCCUGGAGCCUUCAAGGGACUGAAACUGAACUACUUGCGCAUAUCUGAAGCCAAACUCACCGGCGUGCCCAAAGACCUGCCCGACAGUCUGCAAGAGCUCCAUCUAGACAACAACCAGAUCCAGGCAGUGGAGUUGGAGGACCUGAAACGCUACAAAGAGCUGUACAGGUUGGGCCUGGCCUACAACCGUAUCCGUAACAUCGAGGACGGCAGCCUGGCCUUCCUACCCAAGCUGACUGAGCUGCAUCUGGAGUACAACCGCCUCAACCGCGUCCCCCAAGGCCUCCAGAAUAUGAAAUACCUCCAGAUGGUUUACCUCCAUGUCAACAACAUCACAAACGUGGGAGUGGACGACUUCUGCCCCAGGGGCUCUGGGAUGAAGAGGACAUUCUAUAACGGCAUUAGCCUGUUCAACAACCCCGUGAACUACUGGGAGGUGCAGCCUGCCACCUUCCGCUGCGUCACCAGUCAGCAGGCCAUUCGCUUUGGCAACUACAAGAAGAAGUAGAGAGAGAGAGAGGGAUAGAGGGAGAGAGAGAAUGAGAGAGAGAGAGAGAGAGAGAGAGAGAGAGAGAGAGAGAGAGAGAGAGAGAGAGAGAGAGAGAGAGAGAGAGAGAGAGAGAGAGAGAGAGAGAGAGAGAGAGAGAGAGAGAGAGAGAGAGAGAGAGAGAGAGAGAGAGAGAGAGAGAACAGGCAAUUUAGAAAAUACAAAAGGAGAAAUCGACGGAGAGAGUGAGAAAAGGAUGGAAGGGAUGACAUCUAGGAUUUGUAUAAGGGUCGGAGAGAGAAAGAAAAACCUGAAUUAUUAUUAAGGAUGAUUAUUAAUACUGGCAUGGCCUAAUUUCAUUAAGCAAGCUUUUUUUAAGAGAAAAGGAGACACAUGGAGAAGAUAGAGAAAUUAACAUAAUUAGCAUGAUUAAAUACAAAGGGAAAUGUGUCUUGCACAGUGUGUGUACCUGCACACAAUGGAAAGGGAUGUGCUUUUAGUACAGUCAUUAUGUGGUAUAUUUUCACAAAGUUUUUAAUUUUCAGAGAGUGAAUUUGGAUACUAAAUGACAAAUAUCUUGAUCUAAAAUAGUUUAAAUAUCUUUUUAAACUUAAACAUUUUAUAGUUCCAUUUAACACAUUUUUUGAACACAUACAUUUCAUCGGAUUUGUCAUUUUGUGUCUUACCAUUUUGGUAAAAAUUACAUUUACAAAAUACAUAUAUAAAAUAAUCUUUUUUGUAUGGAUACAUAUUUGUACUUUGUGCUGAUUUGGUUGAAUCAGAAUUUGGGAAGUUGCAAUUGUGCUGGUCUGAGACCUUUUCGCUGGUCUGAAAUUCUGUGAUCCAACUGUACUGUAUUUCAACAAUAAACUAUCAGUGAAUAGACAGCAUUUUCACAAUUUCCAUUCUCAGUAAUAAACAAAAAGGAAGCUUAUCAACAAUGUUUGCAUCACAGAGGGUCUUGACGACCCACAACAUGCUUGGCUGUGCUUUCUAUGAUGUUAUUUUUUGUGGACUACUCAUGAACGGGGGACAAUAUUGUAUAGUUGGUGCUUGCCCCAGAUAGAGUUAGCACACAAAGACCUGCUUUGCCCUGAUCCAUUGUUAGCAGUGCAUCCACAUAAAGGAGGGCCACAAUGGUAUCUGAUGCUUAUAUUUUUUAAAUUCUUCUUCAUCUGCUUAGGGGGGCUCAUUUGAGGGGUGGGGCUGUUGUUAGUUCUAUACAUAAGGUAUGCCGAUGUGGUAUACCAUAGCCAUAAAUACUAUUUUUUUCCCCUGUCCUGUAAUCUGAGUACUGCUACUGCUGCAAACCUUUUUUGUUUUGUGAGAAAUAAAAGCGAAUAUCAACAGGA